ACAUAUUUACAAAAUAGGGCUGUGUGUUACAGUCAGGGUUUUUAAAAUCUCUACAAUCAGAAGUGUGUUUAAGACCAAAAUGAAAUGCGCUCAAUAAAAAGUCCAUAACCAGAAAAAAAUGAAAGGUUCAGUUGAAAAGACAAGAAAUGAAUGUUUUUAAACAACAUCAUCCAUGACAGUACAAUACAACACAACUUUUAUACAGGGCAUAUGAUUAUGAUAUACUGUUCAGGCCUGUAUGUUAUCCAUAUUAGACUCUAAAACCAUUUAUUAUUCAAUCAUAGUGAAACUCGUACGAUUCAUCUGGAAUGUUUUGGUAGUCGCGUUCUCCACCCUCGAAAUGCUCAUUUGCAAGUCAUAUUAAAGGAAAGGUGGUUUUAGGAGUGUUGCUUCAGAGCUACAGCUUUCAGUGUGCAUGUUAGUCCUGAUGCUCCAUCACCAAAGAGCGAGUAGGACUAGGACACCAUGAUCAGGAAGCGUCAUAUUCUCAAAGAGCCUGAGGUCAAAGACUAUUUGGUCAAAGGAGAGAGAUUCACAAAAUGGAAAGAAGACUCGUCACGCACUGUGCCAGUCACUAUGAAGAUGGAUCCAAAAGGAUUCUUCCUUUACUGGCUAAACUCGAGCAAGGAAGUAGAAAUUGUGGAUGUGGCGACCAUACGGGACACACGGACAGGCAAAUAUGCAAAACUGCCCAAACAUCAAAAGGUUCGAAACACUUUCAACAUGGACUUCCCUGACAGUAAUUACUUAAGCAAGACCUUAACCAUCGUAACUGGUCCUGACAUGGUCAAUCUCACCUACUACAACUUCUUUGCAGGCAAAGAGAAAAUAGUGCAGAACUGGGCCGAUGACAUCUUGGCCAUUGCCUACAACCCCCAAAGGGUCAACGCCUGCAGACAAGUCUACCUGCAAAAACUGUAUGUUCGCCUCACACUGCAAACCAACAAGGAUGGCAAGAUUCCUGUUAAAUAUAUCUAUAAGAUGUUUCCAGCUGACAAGAAAAGGGUUGAUAGUGCACUAUCAGCAGCAAAGCUUCCUAAAGGAAAGUUUGACUCCAUAAAGCCUGAGGUGUUCACUGAAGCUGCAUUCAAGACCUUCCUGCUGAACCUUUGUCCUAGGCCAGAGAUCUAUGAAAUCUUCAGCACAUAUUCUAGCAAGCCCUACAUGACCAAGGAGAUCUUUAGCAAGUUCCUGUAUGAGAAGCAGAGAGACUCGAGGCUUAAUGAAGAGCUUUACCCCCCACUGAGACCUGAUCAGGUGAAGGCCCUCAUCGACAAGUACGAGCCCUCCUCUACUAAUGCUAACCGCGGUCAGAUAACUCCAGAGGGUCUACUCUUCUUCCUAAUGGGGCCUGAGACAACACCUGUGAUAUUAGACAGAAUGGCCCAGUGUCAUGAGAUGAACCAUCCCAUCCCUCACUACUACAUCAAAUCCUCCCACAACACCUAUCUCACCGCCGGUCAGUUCUCAGGUACCUCCUCUCCAGAGAUGUACCGCCAGUGUCUGCUUGCUGGAUGCCGUUGUUUGGAGCUGGACUGCUGGAAGGGCAAACCUCCAGAUGAAGACCCAAUCAUUACUCACGGCUUCACCAUGACAACUGAGAUCCUUUUUAGGGAUGUGAUCGAGGCUAUUGCAGAAAGUGCUUUCAAAACAUCGAAAUAUCCAAUCAUUCUCUCCUUCGAGAACCAUGUGGAUACAGUCAAACAGCAGGAGAAGAUGGCUAACUACUGUAGGACCAUAUUCGGAGAGGCUCUACUCACUGAACCCCUGGAGAAGUAUCCGCUGAAGCCAGGCCAGCAGAUCCCCAGUCCUUCUGAGCUGAUGGGAAAAAUUCUGAUCAAAAACAAGAAGGGCGCCACAAGUCCGGCUAAACCUCCACCAAAGAAAGCACAAGAGGAGACUCCUGCUGAGAACGAAGGAGAGCAGCCUGAGAAACCUGAGAAUCCUGAGAACCCUGAGAACCCUCAGAACCCUGAGAACCCUGAGAACCAGAACACUGAACAAGACGAACACCAUGAUGACCACCACGAUGACCAUCACGAUGAACACCAUGAGGAAGAGGAACAAGAUGAGGAAAAGAUGAAGAACUCGGAUGAAGGUACAGCUGGACAGGAAGUAACUGCUUUUGAGGCGAUGUCUUCAAUAGUCAACUAUAUUCAGCCACACAAGUUCAUCUCCUUUGAAAAUUCUAAGAAAAAGAACAAGAGCUAUGCCAUCUCUUCUUUUGUGGAAACCAAAGGAGAGCAAAUGAUUGCCAAGAGUGCUGUGGAGUUUGUCGAAUAUAACAAGAGACAGAUGAGUCGAAUCUACCCCAAAGGAACACGUAUGGACUCUUCUAACUAUAACCCUCAGCCUUUCUGGAAUGUAGGCUGUCAGAUGGUGGCACUGAACUACCAGACCAUGGAUUUUCCCAUGCAACUGAACAUGGCGCUAUUUGAGUACAACGGGAGGACUGGGUACCUCUUAAAACAUGAUGUGAUGAGGAGGAAUGACAAGACGUUUGACCCUUUCACCGACAAGAUUGACACCAAUGUGCCCAACACGCUCUCAAUCAAGAUCUACUCAGGCCAGUUCCUAUCUGAUAAAAGCGUGAAAACAGCAGUGGAGGUGGAGAUCAUUGGUCUGCCUGGAGACCCCAAACGCAAAUUCCGUACCAAAAACACUGCCACACCAAAUGCCAUCAACCCUGUGUGGAAUGAGGAGCCCUUUGUGUUUGAGAAGAUUCUGUUAACAGAAUUGGCUUCACUCAGGAUAGUGGCCUAUGAGGAAGGCGGGAAAUUUAUUGGGCAUAGAAUUAUUCCCAUAGAUGCCAUCCAGUCAGGAUUCCAUCAUGUUUGUCUGCGUAGUGAGAGUAACAUGCCUCUGAUGCUCCCUACCCUGUUUGUCUACAUUGAGGUGAAGGACUACAUCCCUGCUGCUUUUGCUGAUUUCACAGAUGCUCUCUUCAAUCCAGUGAAGACUACAAAGCCUGCAAAACAGGAGAGUGCUAACUAUGUAAGCAAAUAUGAGAUGCCUGCUGCUGCAGCUGUUCCAGCCCCAGUGCCUGAGGGUGAUGAGGCCCCAGCAGAGGGCAAUGCUAACCCUUCAGAAACACCUGCGUCAGAUGCAGAACCUAAAGCAGACGCCCCAGAGUCCACUGACGGAGAAAAUCCCAAGUCAGAUGACCAGCCAGAGACCUCAGAAGAGGCUCCUCCGACUGAAGCACCUCCACCUGUCGAAGAGGCUCCACCCACUGAGCCACCUCCACCUUCGGAAGAGGCUCCUCCCACUGAGCCACCUUCAGAAGAGGCUCCGCCCACUGAGGCGCCUGCACCUGCAGAAGAGGCUCCUUCCACCGAAGCACCACCACCUUCAGAAGAGGCUCCUCCACCUUCAGAAGAGGCUCCCCAAGAAACUCCUGCACCAUCUGAAACCUCUGAGGCAGAUCCAAAUGAGCUGGCCUCUGUGACCUGUGAUGAACUGCAGCAGCACAAGAACUACCUGAAGGUCACCAAGAAGCAGGAGAAAGAGCUGAAAGAGCUGGAAAAGAAGUUCCAGAAGAAGGGCGAGGAGCUAACUCAGAAAUACAGUGACCUCUUCAAAGCCCUCAAGAAGAAGACCUCGCCGAAGAAGAAUGAGGCAGGGGCUGAGGGGCCAAAAGCAGAGGAAAUCAAUGAACUGAAAACGAAGCUGCAGACGGAGCUUCGAUCGUUGUGGGUGGAGAAAUACGAUCAGCUGAAGAAGAAGAAAGAGCAGCAUGCCUCCGAGUGUUUGACCAAGCUGCUGGAGAUGGCUACAGACAGACACGCCAAUGAACUGAAGGCACUGAACAGUGACAAUAAAGGGGGGAAGAAGAAAGAAUCAAAGAGCUCAGGUUCCCAGAAGAGCAGCUUGAAGAAGAGCAAGAGUACGGAACAGCUUGACGAUAAUGACGAUGCACAGACUGCAUCUAAUGAUCCAUCACAGGAGCAGGAGCAGAAACUGAAGAAGAAACAGGCUGAAACUCUGGCUGACAUCAGAGGCGUGAACAGUCAGAUGAACCAGCAAGCUGUAUCAGAGCAUGCAAAGAAGAUGUGGUCUCUACCAGUUGAUCUUAAGGAAGCAGUGAAUGGCUGUGUAUGCGCUCACUUCCCCGAGCAUGUAGAAAAGGCUGAAGACUCCAAGACAGAGCAGGAUGGCAAUUAUGGCCAAGUUUACCGGGGCUGAUGGCCAUUCAGAUUCCUCUCUUUAGCUCUCCUUAGCACUUCUGCAGGUGUAGUCGAAAGAUGAAAAAAAUUGGAAAAUCAUUCAUCAAUCCACAUGGUGAUACAGUUUUAGAGUGAAACGGGUGCAAAGUGCCAGAAUUUCUCCCCUGAGAUUUGUAGUAAAGCCACUGACACUAUUGGUUUAAAGAUGUGUGAGGGUAAACUUCAAUUAUGUAAAAGAGUCAAUCACCUGUAGAACUGUGCUGUUACAGAAAUGUGUCAGUUGUGAUUUUUAGGACAUAUUAUUACAAAGGACAUUGGUCUCAAUGGUCUUCAUUUAGCACUUCCAGUUAUUUAUGGGAGCAUUUCGGUAUGUGUACAUACCAAAAUGUGUAUGUGUGUAUGUGUACAUACCUUCAUUUAGUACAUAUAGAAUACAAUGUAAUGUUACUUUUUAAGGAGAUGCAAGUGAUGUCUCACUGAUAGCAAAAAUAAACUUAAUUAAAGGUCCCUUAGGCAUAAAUAAUAAUGCAUUAUCUUUAUUGAAUAAUAUUUCUCUUCGAUAUUAUCUAAAAUGUAAUAAAUGUCAAGUUUACAACUAGGUUACUGUGUAUGCCAUUUAUUUUAAUAUGAUAUAAUGACGGUGAUGUGAUGAAAUAUGAGAUAUCAUUGUUAAUGUUAUUAAAAUUAUGAGAGAUUAUGAAAAAAA